AUGUUGAGCUAUGCGAGCUGGCCUGUGGCUCUCCGGGGACUUAGUCUCUCCAUUUUUACUCUUCUCUCACUUUAUUCCUUGACUGCGCACGCUUCGAACGAUACCUUGCUAUGGGGUCCUUACCGGCCAAACCUCUACUUUGGAGUCCGACCACGAGUCCCCAAUAGCCUGUUGACCGGCCUGCUAUGGGCCAACACUGACAACUAUGGCACUGCCCAGCUCAAUUUCCGUCACACCUGCGAGCAGAACGAGGGAAUGGCGGGUUACGGUUGGGAAGAGUAUGAUGUUCGAAAUGGCGGAAGACAAGUCAUACGCGACACGGGGAACAAGAUUGAUUUGACUAUUGAUUUUGUCAAAACUCCCGGCGGACAACACGGCGGGAAUUGGGCUGCGAGGAUAAAGGGCACUCCAAGAGAAGACGCGCCUGCGACACUGGUCACAACCUUGAUCUUCUAUGCAGGCAUGGAGGGACUGGGUGAGCUUGCAUUCACGAACACGGACGAGGAAGAUGGAGUGGUGGCCUUGCAUGGCGAGACAAGCGAGCUUGGGCAGUUCGAUUUGACCUUUGAGGAUUCGUCGGAGAAUCUCUUGCCAUACAAAACACACCCUUCUUGGGAUUCCAAACCACUCGACAGGCCGGUUCUGUGCAGCCUGCAGUUACCACCGGAUGCCAUCUGGCAAGCCAAGAACAUUGUUUUCGCGAGCAUGAGGUCUGAGAUCGAUGGUCUCGUACAGCAGUAUGGACAAGAGAACAUGCCACCUCCGUGGCAGGCUUUUUCCAUCCAACAACAGCCCGGUCCGGGGAAUUUUCACAUGGUUCAGAAGUUGUUUGUCGGCGCUUUUGAGACCGACAUUCAGUUCAAAUCAGUCUCUGGCCCGUCAGCAUCUUCAGGAUCUCUCUCGAAAUCCAUCUCGGAUUCCUCAACUGAAUUCCAAAAGAAGUUCAAAGAGGUCUUCAAGCCAUUGGCGCCUUUCACCAAACCUGCCUACACUGAUUUCUCCGCAUCCAUGUUCUCCAAUCUGUUCGGCGGAAUUGGAUACUUCUAUGGGGAUUCCCUAGUCGACAGAUCUUAUGCUCCAGAAUAUGACGAGGAUAAUGAAGGAUUCUGGGAGGAGACUGCGGCUGCACGAGCACGAGCGGAGAUUGUCAAGGAUCCUCCCGCCGAGCUCUUCACCAGCGUUCCCUCUAGACCUUUCUUCCCACGCGGGUUCUUAUGGGAUGAGGGUUUCCACCUCAUCCCAAUCGCGGAUUGGGAUCUCGACGUUACGGUCGACAUUGUCAAGUCAUGGUUCAACCUCAUGGACCAGGACGGUUGGAUUGCUCGCGAGCAGAUUCUCGGCGCCGAAGCACGUAGCAAGGUGCCUCCGGAAUUCCAAGUCCAAUACCCGCACUACGCCAACCCACCCACGCUCUUCCUCAUCAUCGACCUUUUGAUGGACAAAGUGUCGAGUCCCGCACAUGCUACGUCCAAGGCACACAUCGAAAGCGAGCUCCGAAACUUAUACCCCUUGCUCAAACGCCAGUACUACUGGUUCCGCCGCACCCAAUUUGGAGACAUCAAAUCGUACGACCGUGAAGCCUUCUCCACCAAAGAAGCAUACCGCUGGCGCGGACGGACACCACAACAUAUCCUCCCUUCUGGCCUUGACGACUACCCGCGCCCGCAACCUCCUCAUCCAGGCGAACUUCACACCGACUUGAUCUCCUGGGUGGGCCUGAUGUCGCGCGUUCUCGUGCGGCUUUCCACUCUGUUGUCGGAAGCCGACGACAUUCCCGACUUCACGUCGCAACACAAAGCCAUCCUCCGCAACAUCGACGACCUGCACUGGUCAUCGGAACAUAAAUGCUACUGUGACGCCACGAUCGACGACUACGAAGACUCCGUCCACGUCUGCCACAAGGGCUACAUUUCGCUAUUCCCCUUCAUGACCGGCCUAUUGCCGCCCACCCACCCGCACUUGCCCGACGUGCUCGACCUGAUCUCUUCACCCUCAGAACUAUGGUCCCCCCAUGGUAUCCGCUCGCUCUCCAAAUCCGACCCCUUCUACGGCACGGACGAAAAUUACUGGCGCUCCCCAAUCUGGGUCAACAUGAACUACCUCAUCUUGAAAUCCCUCCUCGACACCAUCCAAUCCACCGACCCGGCACCUCCCGCCAAGAUGAAAUCCCAGGCAACAAAGAUCUACACCGAGCUGCGCAAGAACCUGGUCGAGACCGUGUUUGGCGAGUGGCAGCGCACGGGGUUCGCCUGGGAGCAGUAUAACCCGGAAACGGGCGAGGGGCAGCGCACGCAGCAUUUCACAGGGUGGACGAGUUUGGUCGUCGUCAUUAUGAGGAUGCCAGACCUGAGCGGCGGGAGCGGUGGAGGGAUCCAGCAUGGCGAACUGUGA